AUUGAAAAUCUUAGGGAACAGCUUUUAAGCAACCUACGCUACUGUGUAUUGUAUUAACAUGAACAGAUGAGGUUAACUGACUUCCAGAUGCCUCUAUCACUACUACCACCAGUAUAUCCAUCAAAAUCACGAGACUCCUUAAACUUAAGGACCGAAAUUCAUCAGCCUCCUGAAUCAACCGAAAAGAUUAGUAGUGCUGCUAGUGAAGCUGCUUUACAUAGAUGCAGAUUAUAUGAAUUGCGCCAGUCGUUCUUGGGGAUCGCUACUUCAAAAGAUCCUUUUCCGCAUUGUCAGACAGGAAUCUCUACGUGUACAUAUACGAGCACAGAUAAUCACCCUUUUUAUACCAGCUCUGUGGGUAGUUCAGGGUGUACUGUUUUAAAUUCAACAAGGUUUGACCGUGGUCCUUCCAUUUAUGUAAGUACCCCUGAUAUCGAUUGUCUUUCUUCUGCCAACGAAUCAGACAAACUUCGUGAAUCUGUAAAUAAGUGCCAUAAAACUACUAAAAAGCAGCCUUCACUAAGCUAUUACCCUAAUGUUGAAUACGAUCAACUUGAUACGGCUGAUCAACUUCCAAGUCCUAAUUAUUCAUCCUUUAUUUAUUCAAAUCCUCUUAUAUCAUGUGAAAAAUAUGCGCCUAUGGAAUCUUCACUGCCCGGGAAACUUACAGCAAAGCCCACUUUAUUUAUCAGUAAGGCUGGGUUUUUUCCUUUAACUCCAGAGGCCGUUCGUUUAUCCUCAAACGAGCUCGCAGAAAGUUCUAGUCCCUCAAAUUCUGACUGUCCUCAUGAUUACUUUGUAUCUGAUGAGAAUCUAAACUGUCCAAAGUCCAACAUCAAUAUUACUAGUUUGAAAGAUGUAACAUGGUUAUCUGAACAGUGUAAAAAGAGUGAAGGUAUCCAAAGUUUUCCGCAUCGAUUUAAUAGCAAAAGUUCGGAACCAAGGCACCGUUUUAAUAAAUAUAGGGGCGCAUGUGAUGAAUUGAACCCAAAUUUACACCAUUCAACAACCAGUUGUUUACCUGUUUCAAACCCUUCAUCUAAAAACACUAGAAAGUCAGACCGAGUUAACAAUUAUAAUUUUAAGACCAUCCAAUCACAUGAUUUACACAAAGAUAAUACAAGUGCUUGUCCUGUGUCUAUAGAUAGAAUAAAUAAAUACGAUUUUCCUGACAAAAAUAAAUAUGCAUCUAUUUUACCUGCUAAUCUCGAGCCUAGCACAACGUAUUCACAUUAUGAUGACUCACAGCAUCGUUCAUCAACUAAGUCUGUGAUUGGCCGCUGUUUUUCGGUCUCACCCAACCAUCGGUUGUCACACCCAUUAUCUAAUUCUCGCAACAAUCAAAGUAAUGCAAAGGUCUAUACGAGUGAAAAAGUCUGCACAAGGGAUAACUCAAACAGUUUUACAAACGGACCUACUUAUAACAAAUGUUUUUAUGAUGAUAUACAAAAUCAUAUAAGAACUUCAAAUCAACAUUCAUCGUGUUCUUCAGUGCCCUUUAACAAGACAGAUCAGAAAAGAAUGAGUUCUGAAUCACUUUCUUUGAGCGAUACUCAAGAUAUAAUGUAUUUAUAUUCACAUGGACAUACUAAUAGUGGUAAAUACAGAAAACAAAGAAGUGGAGAAAGUAAUCAACUCAAAAACGAUGACAACCAGAUACAUGUCGAUUCUAUGCUAGGAAACCAAGACGUCUCGAAAAAAUGUAGUAAGUCAGUGUCAAGAAUUACUGCGGAAUGUGACUUUCAUCGGAGUCUUGAACUUAAAAAUAUCCACACAGAACAAUCUAGAUUGCAUAGAAACCAGAAUAAAACCUCUUUACAGAAUAAUAUUGUGGCUAGUGUUUCAAAUCAAAGCAGACAAUUAGCUUUGACACAGGCACAUGCAUUAAAAUGUACUGACGAAGAUGUUAUUUCUUUUGAAACUAGUUUAUCAUCUCUGCCAUCCUCAGCGUUAUCAUCUUUUUGCCCAGGUAACACUUCUCUGGUUACUACUCAUUCUCACAACAUUGGUCUCUUGAAAGUGACUCUACCUGGUCUUGCAGUUGAUCACUCGUCUAAUAGUCAUCACUCAUCCGACUGUUCGACGUGUGGUUCAAUAUCUUAUCACUCCAAUAGUAAUUGUAAUCCAAAAUCACAAAACCCAAAUUUUAGAGGUACUGUUACAGAGGAUGUUUGUAAGAGACGUCAUGGGAGAUUGAAUACUGAAUCCUUUAAAAGUUGUAAAAACAGAAUAGAUAUGUCUGGAAGCUCUUCUAGUCAAUCGCUUUCUCCAUCCUAUGUCAAUGUAUUACAUCCUGCUCAGUCAUUUGAUUUGCCGUCUGGAUUUCCCUCUUCAGAUAAUUUGUCUACUAAUCGGAAUUUAGAUACCAUUAAUAAGCGCUCACCACGGCCUUCAUCAGACCAUUCAAGAACCUAUGAAAAAACCCAGUAUUCGGAGAGAAAAAGUAUGCUCAAAAGUAAUUCUGGACAUAAUUUUAAACCUGUAAAUAAAGGAUCUACAAUCCACAAUCUUGUUCAUUCAUCAAAAGUUUGUCGUGUUGGUCAAUACAUAUCUGAGUCUUCUUCAAUAUUAUCUGUAAAUGAUCCGGAUAACAUAAAUGAUCCUGAAAAGUUUCCUGUAUAUGUAAGUGAGGAUACACAAGAAUAUGAUUAUAUCAGAAGAGACCAUAGAAAAAUCUCAAAGUUAGCUGCGAAAAUAUCUCAUUAUCUUGAAAACGGUAGAGAGGCAGAGGUUAAAAACUUUGUGAAUAAAAUACUACAUAAACCCAAAUCACGGCGCGUUGUCGAUGAAUUGAUACGCUUAUGUGGAAAUAAUCUCCAAAAUUUUCUCAAUCAUAAUCAAAUGGAGAAACUGAAGAAUUUGCAAAAAAAUUUAACUCCUUCGAUCCACCUUGGAGCUUCACUUUCUGACUUAAGGACGUCAUAUACGCUUGAGUUCGAUCCGUACCGGAAUGUCGAUUCACAUAGACGAGGUAGCUGUGGAAGCGUACUGUCUUCACCUUGGAAUAUUAUCUCUUACGAUCGUUCUUGGGCUCCUGCGUCACAUAAUAGGUCUACUCUUGGGUGUUCCAACAAAUUAUUACCGCUUCAGAGAAAACAUACUUCUUCCUUACACUCACCUAAUACUGUCCGUUACAUUAAAUGGCCUUCUAAUGGAUGUGUUCGAAGCAAACCACCUUCACUGCCACCGCCACCUCCUCCUGUACCUCCAGUUUUGCUUAAAACAACAAUUUUGCCAUCAGAUGAUCGAAUUCAUGUUAUAGAUAUGCAUGCUAUUGAAGUUACUAAUCGUGUUCAUAUGACAUUCUGUGAACUGAUUUCUGAUCUGACUACUGGUAUGGAUAACGAAGUUGAAGUUAUACGUUCUCUUUACCGAUGGAUUACUGGUAAGGAUAUCAGAUGUGAAGAUUAUGAUCCAGAGGCCCCAUCUGAUUCAUUGAUUGGAAUGUUGAGACAGAUGAAAUAUAAUCAGUUAUCGCGUAAUGAAAUAUUUUAUGAACUAUGCCGGUAUGCUGGAUUACAAUGUCAGUAUAUAACUGGUUAUUCUAAAGGUGCUGGAUAUCGUCCAGGAAUGCCAAUUAGAGAUAAUCAACUUUUUCGCAAUACUUGGCUUGCAGUGUACAUUUGUGAUGGUUGGCGCUUUGUAAAUUGUAAUUGGGGUGCUCGGUAUUUAUCAGAAAAUUUACUAGACAGUCGUUCAUCUGAAUGUGAUGAAUUCUAUUUUCUAACUGAUCCAGAACAACAUGUUUUUGAGAAUUUACCUGAUUUAAAAGUAUGGCAGUUAUUACGCAAACCAUUGAGUAUGGAUCGAUUCUGUCACUUACCACUACUUAAAUCGCCAUUUUUCAAUGCUAAUCUAUUUUUGAAAAAGAAUUAUUCCGAUUGUUUAGUUACCAAAAAUGGACAGGUGAGUGUAAAAAUAAAAAUGUCGAAAUUUGUCGGCAUUUCCUGCAGCUUAGAAAACUGUGCUGAUCACAGUAUUCUGUUAGGGUUAUGCUUAGUCGAAAUCCUGUUACGACCAUCAGGAACUGUACGCAUUGAAGCUGCUCCAUCACAACCAGGAAAAUAUUAUUUAAAUGUUUAUGUUUCACCUGAUUGGCGGCGUGAAGAUAUCAGGGAGUUGGCAUGUUCAUUUCAGGUUAGCACUUGGCCUUUUUUAAUCUGUUUCUCAUUUUAACGCUUGAAUUUUUCAGGCCAGUUGACUAGUCUAAGGCCUGUAGGACUUUGUAUUAUUAUAGCUCGUUUUAAGUCUUCGGAUUUGUAAUUCACAAAUAAGUCAAACCCUCAUAAAUAUUUUAAAUGAUAUCAAAACGUUAUCAUUAAAUAAAGUUCGGUAACUAAUAAUUGCAAAGUAUUUAUUUAAUUAGAAUUAGAAAAUAAUAUGUUUUUGUCGGAUAUCAAGUGAUUACUAUAAUGGAGCUGUGGCUUAGUUGUUCAAGUGUUUGAAUUUCGUCCACUUAAUCUCAGGUUCAAACCCAGCUCCACCUAUAUUGGUUUGGGCAACCAAUUAGUAUCAUUAGCUCCCACACUUAGAGCGUGGCUCAUAUCAAAAGUACCUGGAAAAUGAGUUAAUUUGAAGUCUAUUAUGGUAUUAAUUUGUGAUUUUAUUUAUUACACAAUAGUUUUCUUGAAUCGUCCUUACACAAGGAAUUUAGAAAUAGACGUGAGUCAAUUUUCUCUUAUAUUAGUUCCUACGUUGUUUAUUUGAGUGCUAUUUUACCCAUUAACAAAACUUUUGUUUGUAUAUAAUUACCUGUUUAACUAAACAAGUUUGCAGUGACAGAAGAACAUAACAAACUCUUUCAGUCAUAACUGGUAUAUUUUUAUCUUUUAUGAUUCAUAAGCUAACAACUGUUUUCAGAUUUUUGGUAAUAUAGUUUUUUGUUUACGUUACUCUUAUGUACAUAGUUUUAAAAAUUUUCACCAAGCCUUGGCUUGAGUUUCUUUGUUUAAAAUUUUAAUGAUCAUGGUACCGUAUCACACCUUUAUUUGUCAUGAUUUUUUUGUUUUUCUUCCACAGAUUCAUUGCUCAGAAUAUAAUUAUUCUCGUCUAGUUGUGACUGGUCGAUUGCCUGAAGUUGGCUUUCUUGGUCGUACACCCGCUUCAGAAGUGCAUGGCGUGCUAAUGGUACCAGAAGGUGAUGCGUCCGAUGGUCGACCAUACAUUGUACACAGUGAUCCAAGACCUCUGAAAAUUCCUUUUGCUAUUGCUCCUGGUCUAAAGGUUAGAUCGAUUAGACCAUCUUCUUUCUUACUUAAUAUCAAAUAAUUGAGUAGGUUAAGUUCGAAUAAAUUCAAGCGAACUCCCUGUAUCGUACUCAUUCUAGUCUUAAAUGAAUACAACUUAACUGGUAUAAAAAGUAGUGUAUAAAUUAAAAAUAAUAGGAAUGAAAAUUGAUUACUUAUUCUAAGUGUCAAUUUUGAAGAUUGAUGUUGAAUGUCAGUAGGAGGAAAGUUCAUGUCUCUCAGCUUUCAUAUACAGUAAUAGGGAUUUAUGUUGAGAAUGGUAUGUAGUCCCUUGUUGUACUACUUAUAACACUAACUUGAUUACUUUACUCGUUUCGUAUUCACUAGGCCAUACAGAUUUCAACAUUUCUAAAGCCAAUCACAUAGUCACGUAUAAUUUCACUUUUUUAUUCAUAACAAAACUACGCUGUACAAUAAUUUGUCAAUCUUAGUUCAUAUCUAAAACACUUUUGAUACAAAGGUGCUUAGUAUACCCAGAUCAUCUUGCCAACAGUCUUCAGCCAUACAGUGAUGUAAUAGUAAAGUAAUAUGUACUGACAUUUUGGAUGAAGUAGGUUGACCACCAAAUGAUUUGUAAUGUAGUCGACCUCAUCUACUCCAUGACUCAUUAAAACCCCAAAGACGUUUACGGAUUUAUGAAUUUGACGAUAAGUAAAAGGCACGGAUUAUAUUCAGUUAGUAGUUAUGGUUGUGACCGAUUCAAUGUUGUCAAGAGGCUUAUUAUGUUAUAAAUUUCCACUUAAAUUACAGUUUCUUGAAGCAACUUAAUUUGUUGCGGCAUUUAAAUAGUAUAAACAAACGAUUGAACCUAAUUUUCUUGUAUGCUUUCAUGGAUGCUAUAGGUUCUAAUUUAGAACUAUUGAUUUGAUAAAAUAUAUCUCUUACAUGCAUGAGACUAUUUCUCGAUAUGAACGUCGUAUCAGGGUUCUCAGGAAUUCCUGUAUACUAAAAUCAGUGUAAGCUGGUUGUAAUUAACCAAACUUGGAGUUUGAGAGUGGAAUCGAAGCUUCUGUAAAUUUUCUAUGGAGGCCGUAAAAUUUCAUGUUAUACUAAUAUCAGCUAAAUUUGUUCUUACUAUUAUUUUUGUAGCUAUGCCACCAAUUAAAAUCGUUUGAUCGACCAGGUCAUCAAAUGGCAGAUUGUGAUAGCUAUGCAUUACUUCAAAUGAAACCAAGCCAUCAAAGUAGUGUUUCGUAUUCAAAGCCAUUCAGAUCUCAGGCUAAUGCCUAUUAUAACGUUCGUCUACCUGUACAAGCAUUUUAUUACUUGACUAUUUAUGCUUUUAAUGAAAAUGAUAUUGUCAAAGAUCACCUAGACUGUGUGUAUCGUAUUUUAAUUGAUGCACGUAACUGUCGUUCUUCUGAAUUAAUUCAGGCUUAUCCGCGUCAAACUUUUUGGUGGGUUCAAUGUCGAUUAAUUGAACCUAAACAUCAGCAUUUAUUCAUUAAUCGAAAUUAUAAAUUUUGUCUAGACGCUCCUCAAUGUGAUUCUGUAGCUGUUGUAAUCAAUGGGUCAGAAUGGCAUUUUCUCACUCCAUCUUCACCAAUAUCAUCGUCUAAACUCCAUUCACCAUCUGGCAGUAGUCAUCAUGGUCGUUGGAGUGGUAAAGUUCACACUGGAAAAUGCUUGGGGCAGCUAUCUGUGUUUGGACGUAUACCUCAUAUUAAUAAAUUUAAGAAGAUAAGUUUAGAAAAUGAAUCCAGAACAAUUAACGAAUCCAUGAAUGGGGGUUAUAAUGGUAAUGACAAUGCAAACAAUACUAAUACUAUCACUAAUAAUAAUAAUAACAAUGAAGAUGAUGAAGAAAAUUCCUAUAUUAAACUUUUAGAUUAUAUUCUUGUUCAAAAAGAAUUCUUUAGCUAACAGUCUGUUUAAGCUUACUAAUAAUUUUCCUCACAGUUUUUACCAUCUAAUCAAACUGAACACUUCCAUUUUCUGUGGAUAUUACUUUUUUUAUUGCCAAUUAUAUUCUUCAGAGUAGCUCAACUGUUAAUACUACGUGUUUCAAAGUAUAGUAGUUAAUAAUAAUCAUGUUUGUUAUGUAUUAGUUGAAUAUAUUUUGUGAAUUCUUUACUUCCACUAUUUAUUUUUUGUGUAUUUGAAUGUCAUGGAAGGAAAAUAAUUGAAAUUAUACUCUCACUAUUAUUCUUCCACUUAUGUGUGAUAAAACCCAUUAGUUUUUUUUUCUACUUAUUAACAUUUAUUUAUUUACUGUUAUUUUGUUAUCGACUAGCUAUUUUGCGUGUAUUUAGUAGUUUUACAUCAGUUUUAUUCCGAUUGGAAAGAGAUACACAUUGAAGUAAAGUGUGUAGGGAGAGAGGUAGAAUAACAAAAAGAUUGUUGACUUUUGAUCGUAUUUAUUACGCCUCACUGUUUUUUGUUUGUGAGAAAAUUUGUUCCACUAACUGACUAAAAUAUUAUGGAGAUUUUUUUCCAUUUCUAGUUGAUUGGUUCGGUUUCCUAGUCGAUUGAUUUCUUUCUUUGGUGGUUAGUAAAAAUACUGCAUUAAGCGAUAACAAACACUUAUUUUCUGAUUGACGCAUAAUCUGAACUUCAAUCGACUCUCAAUGAGUAUGCACAGUUUAGCAAAUAUCAAGAGGAAAUAUUUUUCUUCUGUUAACAUUAUCAAUAAUAAUUCUGGUAAAGAGAAUUCAGCGAAGAAAAUUUUGUUUUCGACGAAAUCAUUUACUUAAGCUGUAUAGUCUUAUUUAUAGUUAUAUGGAAAAUAUAUGUCUAUAAAAUAAUAGAAAAUAUUGCACCAUGAAUUAAUUCGAGGCUCUUAUUACCAGAUGAGGUUACGCAAGAAAUUUUUCUUCGCUGAAUUCUCUUUGUUUUUAUUCAAUGACACAAUGGGUUGUUCUAAUGAUGCUGAUGAUUUAAUAUUUUAAUUUGAUUCGAUUGUAUUUUCUUUUUUAUUUAAUAUAAUAUGAUAUUAUUAUUAAUCAAAAGAGGUUUACCGUAGUUCUUUACGCACACUCAAAAAGUGAGGCAUUCUUUCGGGAAAAAUUUUGUGAUUCUCAGUUGAUUAUUAUUUCUAAUUUAUUCACUAGAUUCUAUGUAUGUUCAUUUUAACUGUGUGCUAACAUGUAAUUAGUUUAUUUUGUUAAUCGUUUUCCUCUUGCCUUAUUAUUGAUUAUGUAGUUUUAAAGCAAUUAAUAAUGUGACGGGUAACUUUCAGUCUCCAAUUUUUACCAAAGUUUGUUGAUAUAAAGUAAAAGAAAAUACUGGAAUUUAUAUAAUUGUUCGUUUUUCCUUCUUUCCCCAUCACUUAUGUUUGCUUAUUUUGUAUGAUACGAUACAUUUAUGCUUACAUCAUUAGCUUAACUGUUUUCAUGUUGUUUAAUUAUGUUUGCAUAUAUAAUGUAUACCGAGGGCAAUAACAUACUUUUGUUAAGUAGCUGCUGUCACCUAAAGGCGCGCGAAUACUGUUAGUAUUUAUUUAUUUCUUUUAGAGUGUUUGCUAACGUAAAAAGCACUUAGUCAUUUAGUAUUCAAUGGCUAAAGCUGACUAGUGGUGAACGAUUCAGAAGUAAUGUUUUUGACUGUCACAUUGAAUGAAACGAGACCGAAUCCCACAAGAAGAAUCUCUUUUGUCUAGAUUGUACAUAUGUUUCGUCGAUGAGCUCCAACUUCCGUGAAACUAGGUUCCAACCAUCAUUCAUGAAGAAUCAUAUAUGUACGGUUAAAAGGAUGUGUAAAACUUAAUAGUUGAUAUCCAAACCAGAUAAAUGGAGUACCAUUUACAAUUUUAAAAUCGAACAAAUUGUCACUACAUAAUUAAACUUUUAAUUAGCUGUAGAGUUUGGUUAAAACAUCAUAGAAACCAGUCCUCAUGCUUUCAAAAUAAGUGAGUUGGGAAAAUAGGAAAGUUUCUUAAUUCUCAGAUUUGUCUAGGAGAAGAAGCUUGUUGACAUUCAUGUGUCAAAUUUAUAAUCGAAUAGCGCGUCCAUAUUCGAAAAGCUACGCUUUUAGACACAAGUCGAUCGUCAAAUCUACUUCCAAAGUUUUCGUUAGCAUAUAUAGAUCGACUGAUUCUUGGUAGUGUUGUAAUUGGCAUUUUAAAAUAGAGCUGAUCAUAAAUUCAAUAUUUCUUAGGGACAAAUUCUUGCCAAUCUUAAACUAAUUAAGAAAAUUCUGUUUAUCGAUUUCGUAAAGUUUAACUUUACAAAGCUUUCUACUAAGUUAG